CAAUAAAAAAAUGACAAAAUAAACAUAAAAUAAUGGCAAGCAAAAAGCCCACGCGUGAUCUGAUCGGCAUUAUUUGGACGAAUUUUUGGCGUUCGUUCUUGCCGCGUAAGUAUCGUGGCGAUUACAAAGGCGACGAUUACUUUGGCAACAAAUACUUCGAGAUACCAGCCAAUCCGGCUGUUGGCCAACGCAAAGAACGCUGGUUCGAGCCGGCCGAUAAGGAGGCCUUUGACCAGGAGCUGACCGCCGAAUGGGAGGCCUGGCUGCGUGGUCGUCGCGAGGAGCCGCCCUCUCGCGAUGAAUUGAUCAAGAAUCUUCAAGUCAUCGAGAUGAAAAAGCGCAAUGCAGCUGAGCUGGAUGCGCAGUAUGCCAAGGACAAGGACGCGGGCGCCCUGCCCAAGCAGGUGGAGGGCGAGACAAUUGGCACGUAUCCCAAGUACAAGGAUUACGAAAUAAAUCCCGGCAAGAAGCCAAUGGAUGAAAAAAAAUAAACAUUGUUGUUUGUGUAUUUUGAAUUUAUUUGUUAAUAUAUGUACGUAUUACUA